UCUUCCAUUAUUCAAGGAAUUCAAGCAUUUUGCUGAUAAUCACGAGAUCUCCAAUUGGGGUAUCACCGAUAUGCUCUCUGUUCGACUCCAGUUACUUCGUAUGGCUGACUUUGAAGAAAAGCUCGCCAUCUUGUUAUUAUGCAUGCAACCAAACUUUGUUUCUGAUGCCAUCCUUCCUUCUUUUGCUUCCUUCUGUACAAUGCCGGAUGAUUUUACCAUUGAUUGGGCCUGUGAUCUUAGCUAUGAACCAUCGUUGUUGAAGGAAAUCGAACUGCUCAAGGAUGAAGGUAACAAUCGUGAUUAUCUUCGCAUCACUGUGCCUUGGUCAAGAACAUUUACAAAUAAAAUCAUUCCUCAUGAUCUUGAUCUCACUGCAAACGCUCGUGGAAAAUUGGGCUUGGAUCUCUCUGAACUGGUAACGGUUUUCAUGCCUAUCACUGUUCAUGAUGAAAGAACAAAUCAUACCAUUGGUGUCAAGUUGCUAGGGAGUCGACAAAAAAACAUAUGGAUUAUGCUCAAUCGUAUGGUGGAUUUGGUGGAUGUGCCUCCUUCCGAUGCUUCUUCGUCAGUUACUUCUCUCUCUUCCAGUAAGCUUUCUGUCUCUGAACAUCAUACUCCUCAUAGAUCUGGCUCUUUGGAUAUGCUGUGGUCAGAUAAACAUGAAAGCGAUCAAGUGUUUCACUUGUAUUAGAUUUUAUUAUAAUAAAAGAAAGAGUAUUUAUAAUGCAU